UGAGAAGACAGUGAGACCCAGGAAAAAUCUUGCUGAAUCUGCCUGCUCCAGCACUGGCCUGAUUCGGGAUCCUCCGAUCCUUCCCGUGACCGCACCACGCCCCGAGAUGAAUCUACGUUCUGUAUUUACUGUAGAACAACAAAGGAUUUUACAGCGUUAUUAUGAAAAUGGAAUGACAAAUCAAAGUAAAAAUUGCUUUCAGCUCAUAUUACAGUGUGCACAGGAGACUAAGCUGGACUUCAGUGUAGUCAGGACGUGGGUUGGCAAUAAGAGAAGAAAAAUGAGUAGUAAGAAUUCUGAAUCAGGAGCAGCAACAACAGGAAUUCUUCCUGGUACCUCUUUGACAUCUCCAGACAUUACAGUCAGGAAUGUAGUUAAUAUCACUCGACCGUCAAGCCAACAGUCUUCUUGGACAUCUGCCAAUAAUGAUGUCAUUGUAACUGGCACAUACAGUCCACCAAGUUCAUCAAGUAGGCAAGGGACAACCAAACAUUCAGAUACACAACUUACAGAAGCACAUAAAAUUCCUAUUCAGAAAACGGCCAGUAAAAAUGAUACUGAGUUUCAGUUGCACAUUCCUGUUCAAAGACAAGUAGCACACUGUAAAAAUGCCUCUCUGCUCUUAGGUGAAAAAACAAUUAUCUUGUCAAGACAGACAAGUGUGCUAAAUGCGGGAAAUUCAGUAUAUAGUCACACAAAGAAAAACUAUGGAAGCUCUUCAGUGCAAGCCUCUGAGAUGAUGGUACCUCAAAAGCCACCUGUGUGCCACCGACCUUGCAAAAUUGAACCAGUUGGAGUUCAAAGGUCAUAUAAGCCUGAACACACAGGUCUAGCAUCACAUAACUUAUGUGGGCAAAAGCCACCUAUUAGAGACCCUUACUGUAGAACACAAAACUUGGAAAUCCGUGAGGUAUUUUCACUGGCUGUUAGUGAUUACCCCCAGAGAAUUCUGGGAGGAAAUGCCCCACAGAAGCCUAGUUCAGCAGAAGGAACUUGUUUGUCUAUUGCAAUGGAGACUGGAGAUGCUGAUGAUGAGUAUGCCAAAGAGGAAGAGUUGGCAUCGAUGGGAGCACAAAUACCAAGCUACUCAAGAUUUUAUGAAAGUGGCAGAUCCCUUGGAACAGAGAACCAAAGUACACCAUUGCCUGGACCAGGAAGAAAUAUGCCAAAUUCACAAAUGGUGAAUAUUAGAGAUUUGUCAGACAAUGUACUGUAUCAAAACAGAGACUACCAUUUGACACCACGGACCUCAUUACAUACAGUAGCUACCACAAUGUACAGUAAUACAAAUCCAUCACGGAGUAAUUUUUCUUCACAUUUUGCAUCAUCAAACCAAUUGAGGUUAUCACAAAACCAAAACAAUUACCAGAUUUCAGGAAACCUUACUGUGCCUUGGAUUACAGGGUGUUCUAGAAAAAGAGCACUACAAGAUCGCACUCAGUUCAGUGACCGAGACUUAGCCACCCUUAAGAGAUACUGGGACAAUGGAAUGACGAGCCUCGGUUCUGUCUGUAGAGAGAAAAUUGAAGCAGUUGCAACUGAAUUAAAUGUUGACUGUGAAAUAGUUCGGACUUGGAUUGGGAAUCGAAGAAGGAAAUACCGUUUAAUGGGGAUUGAAGUUCCGCCACCAAGAGGAGGCCCUGCUGAUUUUUCUGAGCAGCCUGAGUCUGGUUCUUUGUCUGCGCUCACAUCAGGAGAAGAAGCUGGUCCUGAAGUAGGAGAAGAUAAUGAAAGAAAUGAUGAAGUAUCCAUCUGUUUGUCUGAAGGAAGCUCUCAAGAGGAGUCCAGUGAAGUUCCAAAUGAGGCAAGGGCUCAUAAGGAGGAGGACCAUCAUGCAGUAUCUGCAGAUAAUGUGAAAAUAGAAAUUAUUGAUGAUGAAGAAAGUGACAUGAUAAGUAAUUCUGAAGUUGAACAAGUGAAUUCUCUCUUGGAUUAUAAGAAUGAAGAAGUCAGAUUCAUUGAAAAUGAGCUAGAGAUUCAAAAACAAAAAUACUUUAAACUUCAGACAUUUGUUAGAAGCUUGAUACUAGCUAUGAAAGCUGAUGAUAAGGAACAACAGCAGGUGCUGCUGUCAGAUUUACCUCCUGAAUUAGAAGAGAUGGAUUUCAAUCAUGCCUCACCGGAGCCUGAUGAUACCUCAUUCAGUGUGUCUUCUUUAUCAGAGAAAAAUGCCUCAGACAGUUUGUGAUUUGAGGGGGUUAUAUGAUACAUACAGCCUUUGGGCUGCCUAACA